GUUCUAUCUCUUCACCACAUGCUACUGCGUUCAGUCAAGCAAGCAGGGCGUGUUUGGUGUCGUUCUCUGAACGUCCCGUUGCAGUACUCGACGUUUAGAGCGACAGUUGAAACCGACACGUAUGGUAUACCACUUACGCCUACCUGGUCCGUCCAGAAAUUGUUGUCUUCCUAUCCAGCCCCCUCAAUAUCACCAGCCACAUUCAAACGAUUACAUGAACUGUCUGCAUUAUUACCACCCGAAGAAGGUACACCGGAAUAUGUAAAGCUAAAGCACGAACUCGAGGAGUUGAUCAAGCUUGUGGAGGCCACGAAGCUGAUCAAAUUAGAGGAAACGGGCAAUAUAGGCAUCCCAGACGGGCGGGUGAUAGCAGAAGGGUCUGGGGUACCCCUCGACAGAACACCACGUGAGGACGGAGAUGUGAGAGGCCGGGACCUACUUUCAUAUGCGAGCCAUAGCACGAAUGGGAUGUAUAUCGUCGAGACAGAUCGCUCCAGAUGAUUCACUCUUGGAGAGCACACAUUCUUCAGUCGUGCCCCGGUAAUGGGUUUACGGCAUUGUAUAAUCGAGUGAGUGCGACAU